GUGCUCGCCCCCGGCCUUCAUCACCAUCACCGCUUGUGUGUGUCUGCUACAGAUCUAAGAGAAGCCUGCUACGAGCUGCUACAGCUAUAAGUCCCGCAGGAAGUCCGGAGGAAGGAGAGGAGGAGGAGAAGGAGGAGGAGCGGAGCCCAGCAUCGCACCGUGCAUGGUGCUGCGGUGUCGGAGGGAGUUGAUGAGCAGCCGGAGCUGACCCAGAGAUGGCUGUCCUCAAACUGGCUGACCAGCCUCCUCUCAUCCAGGCAAUCUUCAGUGGAGACCCUGAAGAGAUUCGCAUGCUCAUUUACAAGUCUGAAGAUAUCAAUGCUCUGGAUGCAGAGAAGCGCACCCCGCUGCAUGCAGCGGCCUUCCUGGGUGAUGCCGAGAUCACAGAGCUUCUCAUCCUCUCUGGGGCUCGGGUCAAUGCCAAAGAUAAUAUGUGGCUCACCCCCCUCCAUCGUGCUGUGGCAUCUCGGAGCGAGGAGGCAGUGCGAGUUUUGAUCCGCCACUCGGCCGAUGUGAAUGCGCGGGACAAGAACUGGCAGACGCCGCUGCACGUGGCUGCAGCCAAUAACGCGCUGCGAUGCGCUGAGGUCAUCAUCCCGCUGCUGAGUAGCGUUAACGUGUCGGACCGCGGCGGACGUACCGCCCUGCAUCACGCUGCCCUCAAUGGCCACACUGAGAUGGUGAACCUCCUCCUCGCGAAAGGAGCCAACAUCAACGCCUUUGAUAAGAAAGAUGGCCGGGCUCUGCACUGGGCAGCUUUCAUGGGACAUUUGGAUGUGGUUUGUCUGCUGGUGAGUGAGGGGGCGGAAACCAGCUGUAAGGACAAACGGGGAUACACUCCCCUCCACGCGGCGGCCUCCGGUGGGCAGAUCGCUGUGGUCAAACAUCUGCUGAAUCUAGCUGUGGAGAUAGAUGAGUCCAAUGCAUUUGGGAACACGGCGCUCCACGUGGCCUGUUUUAAUGGUCAGGACUCCGUCGUCAGUGAGCUAAUUGAUUACGGUGCUAACGUCAGCCAGGCCAACAACAAUGGCUUCACUCCGCUGCACUUUGCCGCCGCCUCCACACAUGGAGCAAUCUGUCUGGAGUUCCUGGUCAACAACGGGGCGGAUGUCAACGUACAGAGUCGUGACGGGAAGAGUCCACUUCACAUGACGGCAGUUCACGGACGCUUUACUCGCUCCCAGACCCUCAUCCAGAAUGGUGGGGAGAUUGACAGUGUGGACAAGGACGGCAACACCCCUCUCCACAUUGCUGCCCGCUACGGUCAUGAACUCCUCAUCAACACGCUCAUCACCAGCGGAGCAGACUGCACAAAACGAGGAGUCCAUGACAUGUUCCCCCUCCACCUGGCUGCCUUGAACGCUCACGCCGACUGCUGCAGGAAGCUUCUCUCCUCAGGUCGGAGGUUUAGCAUAAUGUGUAACGACUCGGUCCUGUCUGCAGGCUUCCAGAUAGACACUCCUGACAGCCUGGGGAGGACCUGCCUGCACGCUGCUGCUGCCGGAGGUAAUGUCGAGUGUGUCAAGUUACUUCUGAGCAGCGGUGGAGACCACAACAGGAGGGAUAAGUGCGGCAGAACUCCCCUCCACUAUGCAGCUGCCAGCCGUCACUAUCAGUGUCUGGAGACUCUGGUUGCUUGUGGCACCGCCAUUAACGCAACUGACCAGUGGGGGCGCUCUGCGCUGCACUAUGCCGCUGCCUCGGACCUGGACAGAAGGCGGCGUGUUGCCCUGGAGCCAGAGAGUGAUGGAGUUCAGGCAGAGCGGGAGAAAGAGGCAGCGCUAUGUUUAGAGUUCCUGCUGCAGAGCGGAGCGACGGCCUCGCUGAAAGACAAACAGGGCUACAGUCCUGUCCACUACGCUGCGGCCUACGGACACAGGCACUGUCUGGAGCGGCUGCUGGACAGAGACGACGGUCACCAAGACGACCCUGAAUCUCCAAACCCUCGGAGCCCGCUGCACCUCGCUGCGUACCACGGCCACGCUCAGGCCCUGGAGGUGCUGCUGCAGGGGGAGAGGGAGGUGGACCAGGGAGACGAGGUGGGGAGGACGCCCCUGGCCCUGGCCGCCCUCCGGGGCCACACUGAAUGCGUUCACACACUCCUCAGCAAGGGGGCGUCGCCACGUGCCACAGACACGCAGUACGGACGCAACCCUGUCCACCUGGCAGUGAUGAACGGUCAUACGACGUGUGUGCGCCUUCUGCUGGAUGACUCAGACAGUGCAGACCUGGUAGAUGCUGAUGACUCUCAGGGACAGACUCCUCUGAUGCUGGCGGUGGCGGGAGGACACGUGGACGCCGUGUCGCUGCUGCUGGAGCGGGAAGCCAACGUGAACCUGGCGAGUAACCACGGCCUCACUGCGCUGCACCUCGGGCUGCUGUGUGGUCAGGAGGAGUGUAUCCAGUGUCUGUUGGAGCAAGAAGCUUCCAUUUUGCUGGGUGACUCUCGGGGUCGGACUGCCAUCCACCUGGCCGCCGCCCGCGGCCACGCCUCGUGGCUCUGCGAGCUGCUGAGCAUCGCCGGCUCCGAGCCACCGUCCCUCCCCCCGCUGAGGGACCACAGCGGCUACACACCACUGCACUGGGCCUGCUACUAUGGUCAUGAGGGGUGCGUGGAGGUUCUGCUGGAGCAGAAAGGUUGUCGCUGUAUUGAUGGGAACCCAUUCACCCCGCUGCACUGUGCGGUGGUGAACGAUCACGAGCCGUGUGCGUCGCUGCUGCUGGAGGCGAUGGGUUCGGACAUCGCUGGCUGCAAAGACGCUAAGGACAGGACUCCUCUUCAUGCUGCAGCGUUCUCGGGUCACGUCGACUGCAUCCAGCUGCUCCUGUCUCACGAUGCACCCGUCGAUACCGUGGACCAAUCGGGUCGCGACGCACUGAUGAUGGCGGCUGAGAAGGGCAGAGCCGGAGCCCUCGAGGUGCUGUUGACCAGUGCCAACCUCAGUCUGAGGGACAAAGACGGCAACACCGCCCUGCAUCUAGCCUGCAGUAAUGGAAAGGAAGACUGUGUGAUGUUGAUCCUGGAGAAGCUGUCCGACACGGCCCUCAUAAAUGCAACAAAUGCAGCGCUGCAAACUCCUCUCCACCUGGCGGCCCGUAGCGGUCUGAAGAAGGCGGUCCAGGAGCUGCUGUCCCGAGGAGCCAACGUUCAGACGGUGGAUGAGAACGGUCUUACGCCUGCUCUGGCUUGCGCUCCUAGCAAAGAGGUGGCUGACUGUCUGGCUCUCAUUCUGGCUACCAUGAUGCCUUUCUGCUCCCCUUGUAGCUCCGGGGCUCCCUCCCCAGGCUCCCUGCUGAGGCAGCUGCCCCACCAGGGGGGUAAAGGCCCGGGCACCGGCCCUCGGGGGCCACGCAGCCCCAGGAACCCCUCCGGACCCUCCAGCGAGGGGACCACAGAGAACGAUUCGGAGGACUCGGAAACCUUCUGACCCCUCCUAAACCGACUCUCUACCCUUCUACCUCGAACUGUGCACUGGAACCUUUUACCUCCCCCCCCCCUCGAGGAAUGAUGCAGUGUUUUAGUCUGUAGUGCACUCUUGAGGGAGAAGGGUAGAGACUUGGUUGUGGCACAGCUUUGAUGUUUUGUAGUGUCUGUAUCUUGUACAAAGUCGCCCUACAGCGCUUUUUCUUAGUGCCCUUUUUCUAAGAACAACGAGUGGAGCAGCCACACUGCCCCGGACUUCCCACUGCAGCCGAGCAAGCUGCUUCACCGAGAAGAAGUCCACCUGGACCAGCUCGGGUCUGCAUGUUUGUGUUUACUUACACCAGGUUAGUUCUUUCUACUCACGGGUGCUUAAAUCCAACCCGACCUCGGUACUUUAGUCUCUGCAUGGCAUAGCAACUCGCCUCUUAGACUCAAUUUGUCUUUAAAAAA